CCCUGAAGCCCUUCAGAAGCCCAUUCAACCACCGAAGAUGUCUACUGAAAGAUUCGACUGCCAUUACUGCAAGGACACUUUACUUGGAAAGAAAUACAUCCUAAAAGAGGACACACAGUAUUGCACAAAAUGCUACGAGAAUCUGUUUGCCAACUGCUGCGAGGUGUGUUCGCUGCCCAUUGGAUGCAACUGUAAGGACCUCUCCUACAAGGACCGGCACUGGCAUGAAAAUUGCUUCAAGUGUGCUAAGUGCAGCAGAUCAUUGGUGGACAAACCGUUUGCUGCUAAAGAUGAGCUUAUGCUUUGCACCGAGUGUUACUCUCAUGAGUAUUCCUCUAAGUGUAGCACUUGCAAGAAGACCGUCAUGCCAGGAUCACGGAAAAUGGAGUACAAAGGGAACAGCUGGCAUGAGACAUGCUUUCUGUGUCAACGCUGUCAGCAGCCAAUAGGAACCAAGUCUUUCAUCCCAAAAGAUAACAAUUACUUCUGUGUUCCUUGUUUCGAGAAGCAGUUUGCCUACCAGUGCUGUGCUUGUAAAAAGGCCAUAACAACUGGCGGUGUCACAUAUCACGAUAAGCCCUGGCACCGAGAGUGUUUCACUUGCAUUGGAUGCAAGAGACAACUAGCAGGCCAGCGCUUUACCUCCAGAGAAAACUACCCAUACUGCCUGGACUGUUUCAGCAAUCUCUACGCCAAGAAAUGCGUGGGCUGCACCAAGGCGAUUACUAGCUUGGCAGGUGCUAAAUACAUCUCGUUUGAGGAGCGCCAGUGGCACAGCGAGUGUUUCACGUGUAUGCAGUGCUCAGUGUCUCUGGUGGGUCGUGGCUUCCUUACACAGCGGGACGACAUACUGUGCACCGACUGUGGCAGAGAGAAAUGAGCUCAGACGACCACAAGAGCCUCUACCAAUAUUGCAGGAGAGAUACUGUAGGCGAAAUAUAUGUAGAUUUAGAUUUGGGUGCAUAAUGUUUAAACAUGAACAAUGAAAAGAUUCAUUAUCUGUGUCACCAGCUAAUUAGGAUGCUUAAUGUUUUGUUGAAAUAGUUUAAAUCAAAGGCAAUUUUUUGAGUAAUUGUCUUCAAGAAGCAUGGAAUAAUAUUGAAAUUGUUUGAACUUUGUGUGUUUUUAAUCAAUAAACUUGUGUCUUCUUCCUGUC